UAACGAUUAACCUAAUAUGUAUUCCAAUUUUUUUUAACCGUAUUAAUUUUGUAAUGCGAAGAUUGAUAAAAAAACUUGGGUGUAACAGCACAUCCACUUCAGGAACUGAUGAUGGAACAAAAGGUGCCGCCCAUCAAGCGACGCCCGCCGUGGCAAAGAAGAAUGUGAAAAUACAAAGCAACAUAAAGACAACAGCAAAUAAAUGUCAGAAAGGAACAUCAAUACCUACUCCACCCGCCAUAGCAACAUCUACAUGUACCUCGUCUGACAGCGAAAAGCAACCAAAAGCAGGUAUGUUAAAGUGUAGAAGGAGUAAAUACAAAAAACUUAAUGAAGAAGGGUACGAAACGUUGGAACCCUCACAAAAUAUUUUAUUACCACACUUACAAGAAAAUGAGAAGAAAUUCUUAGAGGCUGUUGAUUCUGGAGAUACAAAAGAAGCACAUAAGCAUCUUGCUUCUGGAGUAAACGUAAACUGUAUCAAUUUUCAAGGUAUAACUGCCCUUCAUAUAGCUGUCCAAAAUGAAGAUUACGAAAUGGUGGAAUUCUUAUUAAAAGAAAAGGACAUAGAAAUUGGCGAUUCCGUUCUUAUAGCGAUAAGAGAUAAUUACAUAGACAUAGUGAAAAUGCUACUAGAUAAAUUGAAGAAAACGUCUCCAGGUUUGGAGUUCGCUGGAGCCACGCACAGUUCAGAUUUUGCGGAUCACAUCACACCACUUGUUUUAGCCGCUCAGUGUGGUCAUUAUGAAAUUAUCGAAAUGCUGAUAGAGAGAGGUCACAAAAUAGCAAAACCACAUCCUCCUAAUUGUAUGUGUACUCAAUGCAAAGACCGUUUGAAGCAUGACGAUCUGUUACAUUCGGAAACAUUGCGACUGAAUUUGUACAGGGCCGUUUCUAAUCCCGCAUAUAUUUGUCACUCUACGCAGGAUCCAAUUUUGGCUGCUUUUCAUUUAUCAAGGGAACUUAAAAAAUGCGCGUUUAUCGUGAGAGCGUUUAGGGCAGCCUACACUCAACUAGCAGAAGAAAUAAGUUUAUUUGCGGUCGAACUUAUUGGCCACUGCAGAAGUACAGCGGAAAUGGAAUUGAUUUUACGUCAAAAGAAUGGACUGAAUGAACCGACUUCUUUUAAGUUUCCAAGGAUAAUAUUAGCUGUGGAUUAUAAACAAAUAGAAUUUAUAGCACACCCCAAUACUCAACAAAUUAUUGAAUCUGUGUGGCAUGGGAAUUGGUACGAAUGGAGAGUAAAACCUGUGUACUUAAAAGUCGUCUAUCCUUUCUACAGGAUCAUCAUUUUACCGAUAAUCGCUGUAAUGUGCUUGGUGGUGCCAAAAAAUACGUGGGUCAUCCACUGGCAGAUUCCUCUAAACCGAAUGAUCAGUCACGUUUCCUCAUAUUUAAUUUUCCUAACAAUACUAUUUUUCGAAUCUAAUUUAAACAAAAAUACGCAAAAAAGAGGACCUCCUUUCUCCGGAUUGGAACCAGUAAUCCUUAUCUACGUCAUCGGCUACAGUUACAGCUGCAUAAGAAUGUGCGCCGUGAGAGGACCAAAAAGAUUUUUCAAGUCCCUUUGGGGAUGGUACGAUGUUAUAUGCAAUUUUUUCUUUAUUUUAACUUUCACAUUUUGGCUUGUUGCCUAUGUAGACGUUAUAAAUAACGGAGACGCUAAUCUGGAAAGGAAAUUCUGGAAUAGCCUCGAUCCUACUCUUAUAGCAGAAGGGACGUUCGCAAUAGCAACGAUAAUGGCUUGGUGUAAACUUCUUUACCUCUGCAGAUUGAAUAUUUAUCUAGGACCACUACAAAUCGUUCUAGGAAAAAUGAAUUUAGACGUUGCCAAAUACAUAUCAAUUUUUGUAAUCAUAAUGAUCUCAUUUACAGUCGGAAUGUGCAAAUUUUAUCAGUAUUAUGACGGAAUGGUACAAGUAGAUGACACGUAUGAAAUCAAAACGGAACAAGUAUCAUCUUUUGUAGACUUUACGUCAACCCUCAAGACGUUUUUUUGGGCUCUGUUUUGUAUGGCUCCAUUAGAGUCCGCUGAUGUUAUCAUAGAGAAUCUUCCAGGACCAGAAAAAGGUGUUACAGUUACAAACAGACAUUCUUUUACGGAAGCAAUAGGCUAUAUAGCGUUCGCGGUUUUUGAAUUUUUAACCGUAAUAGUUAUUUUAAACAUGCUAAUUGCUACCAUGUCGCACACUUUCCAAACAAUUACUGAUAACGUGGAUAUCGAAUGGACCUUUGGAAAAACCGAAUUUUAUUUGGAUUACAUGUAUCAAACCACAUUACCACCGCCGUUUAAUUUAAUACCAACAGGAAGUGGCAUAUUAUCAGCAUUGGAAUGGUUUCGCUUAAUACGAUCUAAAGGGAAAGAUUCCAAAAAAGCUGGAUUUAGUUUUUCCCAUUGCUGUUACAUUGAAUAUGGCAUGGACCAAAAAGUUAUUGAAGAGUUUCCUGUUUUAAUGAGCCAAUUGGUACAACGGUAUUUCAGAGAGAAGUCCUCUGGCACGGAAACUGCAGAAACCGAUUUAGAACUGAUAAGAAAAGAAUUGUUAGACAUAAAAAAACGGGUUGGUAAACGAGCAAGUACAAUUUUACAUUAAGAUAAUUUAUUACUACUUAUAUACCUUAUUAUGU